AUGGCGGCGUUACUACGAUCACAGGAUGGUUUUGACCUAGAGACCGCCAUUCGCGAAUGGCAGUCCCGACAGAACGAACGGCAGCAUGGCGGCCCAGCCCCGGAGCCUGAUGAGAAGAGCGCCGUGGCACGCCUUACUGCAGCUCUUGAUACCCUGUUUCGCGAAACCGUGGUGAUCCUUUCCGACAAGGGGAAGUUUCCCAGGGAUAUUUUCAUCAGCCUCGAUCGAAGUCGCAGCUGCUUCUCGCUCUGGUCCCACGGCCAUGGAGUGGCUAGUGGGAGUUUGGAUGACAGCUUCCAACGAUCGGGAAAGCUGAGGCAUGCUACCAUAAAGACACUAUCGCAUCUUUCCACAACCCUCAUUGACGGCCUUCUCCCCGUGGCACGCGUCUCGAAUUCCAAGACCGAAGGGCUUUGCGACCAAGUGAACAACAUUUUGGAGGAAAUCAAAUUCUCCCACGUUGCAGACGAUUCAUCUAGCGAUUCAACGUCCGAAUACAGCACGGCAGAUGUUCACGAGCUCGCAGAGGAUCUUAAAACUGACGUUGAUUGUCUCAUCGAACUCGACCAGAUUAUUCGAGACCCAGCCGCGGACCCAGAGCCGGAGAUGACAGAAGCCGAUGUCUCUCUAUCUUUAUGGGCACCUCAUCAAGUUUCCGCCAACAAGAUCGAGCAUCGGUUCCCCGAAGCUGAUACCAAGUUGAUUUCCUCGCUUGGUAUGGUCAACUAUCAACGUUACCUCAGGUGUCGAAUUGAACGAGACCACAACCAAGUCCAUGCUGAACACCCCGAACAGGCUGUCGAAGUCACCACGGGCUCCAAGUUCCACGACUCUGGUCUUGGCUCUUCUUUAAAUCCUGCGAGCUCAUAUGCAGAGACAAUCAUGAACUACGGGGAUGGCAAUCGAUCCAUUCGAAUUCCUCCAUUGCCAGAGGAAGCAAAAAGAGGAGAGCCGUUCCCUAAGUAUAUGGAGCCCUCAGCCGAAGCCACCACUAACAUCGAUAGACGCCAUCUAUACAUUGAUCUUCAGCCGUAUGUGUGCCUCGACACAUCAUGCCAACGCAGCGAUUCUACCUUCUCCAACCGCGCCAACUGGCUUCAACAUCUGGCUCUGGACCAUGGUAUGGAACCAAAGUGGGAACAGAUCGAGUGCCCUCUCUGUGGAGACGAAGCUGGCCCUGGGAAGACCGCAAUCACUACACAUCUCGGCCGACAUCUUGAGGAAAUAUCCCUGUCGGCAUUGCCUGCGGCUCCCGAUUCCGAGACAAACUCCGAGACCUCGGGCUUGGAUGUAGAACACAACGACCAGGAACAUCAAGACAGCGAGGACAAGCUCCAAGAUCUCCAGGCCGUGCCAGUCGAGAGUGAAAGAGAACUACAAGAACAGCAGCCGACACUAUCUCAUCAGACCGUUGAUGCCUCCAUUUAUUCCAUCCUCGGGCGACCGACAGAACGAGAAGGGAAGGCCGCCUCGCCGCUGAGAAUCCAGGGCUAUGAACCACAAAUGCCGAACAAUGACAGAGGUCUUGUCCCUUCGGAAGCCUCUGUAGAUUCUUGGAAGACAUGGGAAGAUCUCGUUCACGCUGCUACUAAAGAAGCUGCUGGAGAUGACGCUCCUAUUUUUUCGGACUAUCCCGCUUCGUCCUCUGUCAGGCCUACAUCCGGUGACGCGGUGCUUGUUCAAUAUCCAAAACAUGGGCGUGACCCUGACGUUCAGAUCCACAAUGGUAAGGAAGCAGCCUUCUAUCGCCGAAUGGGGAAGAUGCAGCCUUCUCAAGAAGAGGCAAAGAAGGAGGUCGGAAAGGCCAGGGCUGAGGCCGAGGAGGCUAGCCGUGAGAGAUUAGAAGCUGAAAGAAAGGCUGAGCGAAAAGCUGAGGAGGGAGCGCGAAAGCACAUCGAGGCCAUAAUUGCUCGAAACAAGGCCGAGAUGAAGGCAGCUAAAGAGCGGGCAGAGAGGGCAGCUGAAGAGGGGUUCAAGGCUGAGGAGAAUUUUAAAGCUGAUAUGGAGCUUAUUCGUCAGCGGUUAAAAAUCCAGGAAGGUAUAAUGAGACAGCAGGAGGAGGUCGACAGAGCCGCUAGUGUUGAACGUGGCCAACGUCUCGAUGAUUGGCAGAAACGACGUUGGCGCCGGAUUUGCCCUUCCUGUGGUUCAGAAGACCAGGAUCGUCGCAAGGGGCCUAUAUGCAGCAAUUGCUCAUACCUUGUUGGCGAUGGUGAUGGGUUUGAAACCGAUGUGCCUGAACAACACCGACCUCCGCCUGAACUGAGUUUUUUGGAACCCAGCAUUGGCAUUGACAGCCACACUGUUGCGUUGAAGAAAAAACUAAACCCCAUCCGUUUGAGUACAGCGGCCAAUCGUCCCCUGUCUGAUCCCUAUCCUCCGGUGCUUCCUCCUAUUCAGCUGGGAAACACAAAAGGGAUCCGCACUACCGUAAGGAGCCUCAGCGAGGAUCCUGACCUGGUGGAGGGCUUUCGUGACCAUGACAGGGAUUGGUCUCUGAUCACAGACGAAGCAGAGCAGAGAAGGAGGGCGAACCGAAUGGUUCAGCGUGGCCUUCGUUCACAGCUGAGGAAACGCAUAGAGGACCUAGAGAAACGUGCGGCUGCCGCCGAUGGUCGGGAUUCCAGCCAGUCUGGCACUUCCACAGAGGGCCCCUUGAAUGACAUACCCAACUCCCCAACGCAAAGGAAAUUCGGUAGUGCUCAUGACCAGGAUCGAGACUCAGAUGGGGACCGGGACACUAGGCAUCACACACCAUCUCCUCCCCGUGCCAACCAAGACUCUUUGAACGCUCUCGUCUGGAAUCGAACCAUCUUAGGCACAUCGGAAUAUCCCAUUGACGUCGAUCGCCUUCCAUCUCCUACCGACUCCGAGAGCGAAGCGAUCGGACAAAUUCUCAGCCAAGACGCACGGUUUGACUCCGUCCGGAAUGAUGGCGAUGAUCUGGAAGAUGAGUCUUAG